CCGGAAGUUCAGCAUCAUUUGCUCCUCCAGGAAGGGACGCAUCAUCGGCAGGGCUUUGACAACAAGAGGAACAGGGGCACAAACAUCGGCCUGUCCGCAGAAAUUCACUCUUAAUUGCGAGUGGAAUAUAUAUAUAUAAUGGGUACUGUUGUUCUCCAUUCCCAGCCCAAUUUAUGCCUGUAAUUUUCGCCUGUUGUUUCCGACAGCUAGCUGUUCUACAAAGACAAAUGAAGUGACCAACAGGAUACAAUGUCAUCGUUCCAGGUGGUGGACUCGUCACCAGGCAGCAGCGUCAGCAUCAUGGAAACAUCCAACUUUGCCCAUGUCAUCUUCCAGAAUGUGGGAAAGAGUUUCCUUCCUCAAGUACCCCUUGAGUGCCGGUACACCCUGACUCCUUAUAUUACCCCCCACCCCAAAGACUGGGUGGGCAUCUUCAAGGUGGGAUGGAGCACAGCCAGAGAUUACUACACCUUCCUCUGGUCUCCAAUGCCUGAAAACUACGAACCAGGAAGUACUGUGCACAGGACUGUGGUGUUCCAAGGGUAUUAUGUUCCAAAGUCUGAUGGAGAGUUCUACCAGUUCUGUUAUGUGACACAUGCUGGUGACAUACGAGGCGCCAGCACGCCCUUCCAGUUCAGGUCUGCAACACCCACCGAAGAGCUGCUGACUGUUACCGAGGACGACAGUAACUCAGACAUACUGGUCGUCACCACCAAGACCGGUCUACUAGAGCGUGUAGAGGAGGCCCAGCAAGAACGCAGAGAGCUGCUGAAGGCCAUGCGCCUCCUACAGGAGGAGAAACAGCAGCUGCAGGAGGAGCAGAAGCGACUGGCCAGGGAGAGGGAGCAGGAGAGGGAGACAUGCUGCCUUCUGCGGACACACAACCAGGAGCUGCUGCGCUCGUCACAGGGUCUGUCAGAAGAAAGAGAGGAGGUGAGGAGGAGGCUCACAGAGGCCACUGACCGGGUCCGCCAGCUGGAGGAGGACCUGCUGGGAGUCACCCAAAGAGGCCUACAAAAGGAGACUGAGCUUGAUUGUCUCCGUGACCGUCUGAAGAAGCUGACCGUGGAGAGGGACAGCUUAGAGAGCCAGCUGAAGAACGAAAAGGAUGAACGAGACCUUUAUAAGGCCCACCUGCGCAGCACUGAGCUCGAGAACACGAAGCUGAGCGCAGAGCUGCAGAUGCUCAAGGCUGUGGAGCUCAACAGGGAGGUAACCAUCGCCCAGUUUCAGGAGGAGCUGGAGAGGCUUCGGGCCUGUGUGGCCCAGCGGGACAGCCUAGAGAAAGAGCUUCUGGCGCAUAAAGCAGACAAGGCAGAGCUUUCCCGUGUGCGCGAACAGCUCCGUCAGGCCGAGGAGCAGCUCCAGGCGUCCAGGCAACAGGCCUCCCUUCUGGCCUCGGAGAUCCGCGACUCAGCCAGCGCCCGUGACCACACAAUGACCGAGUUGUACCGCGCACGCGUGGAAGCCGACAAGCUCCGAGCCAGUUUGGCCGAUGCUCAGGCUGAGUGCCAGCGCAUGGAGAGUCAGCUUGACCGCAUGAGGAGCACCGCACAGAAGGAAGUGGUUAGUGUAAAAACGUCCUCAGAUUUGAUCUCCAUCUCACUUUUUAUGGAUUUUAAAUUUAUGAAGAAGUCCAGCUGUUUUGACAGAACAAGGGAGCCGCUGCAAAUCUGGUGGAAAAAGUCAAAUCCUCAGCUGAAGCAGAUCUCUUAUUUUGCUUCUUUUUUUUUUUUCCUGUUCCAGGGUGUUGGGACCUCUGGGGAGGUGACGCCCAGUCCGAUGGUGGUAUCAGAGGCUGAGGUGGAGCUGCAAAGAGAGGUGGAGGAGCUGAAGCUGCGUCUCCACAUGGCUGCCGAGCACUACAAGGAGAAGUACAGGGAAUGUCAGCGCCUUCGCAGGCAGGUGGCCAAACUGAACACGAGCGAAUCACAGGGGGAGCCAAAGAGAAAUGUAUCUACUGAGACAACGCUGGAGCCACUGACCCCCAGUCCAGAGUCCCCCACAGCAGGGAAUAUAGCAAAUGCAGUUCUUCAAGAAUCCGCUGAGAUGACAAUCACCCCUGAGUUUUCCACACAUAAACCCCCCUAUUUCGGCACAGACAAGAAGGAAAAGCCGGGAGAGAAUAAUCUGAUGGAGAGGGCUGAGGUGGAGGCUGAAAGAGACGGGAACCGAGGAGAGGAGAAAGACGAGGAGGAGAAGAGGGAGAGCCUGCCAGAGGAGAGUCUGAGGAUGACGAGCUGGGUGGAGGUGGAGAACGAGAGGCCGAGCACCAAAGAGGGCGCUGAGGUGGAAGGAGCAGCAAAGCCCGAGGACAUCACGGACAGUGUGGAGAUGGAGGAUGGAGUGAAGGGGAGGAGCAUGGGGGAGGCUGAGGACGAGCAGACCCGCUCAGUGGAGGAGGAACUGGCUAUGAUGGAAGAGAAGUGGAAGGAGCAGUGCGCCAUCAAUGAGACGCUCAAACAGAGGCUGGCCAAUGAGGAGGAGCGAUUCAGAGUGCAGAUGGCAGAGCGAGCGAGUGAGGUGACAGAGCUGAAACUGAAUCUGGCCCAGGCCCUGAGGGACAAGGAGCAGCUACAGGAGGAGCUGCAGCGCUACGUGUCCAGGCAGAGGGAGCAGGAGGCUGGUGUUCAAGGUGCCGAGGUUCGGCAGCCGAUGGUGCUGCGCUACCCCCUCCCCUACCCCCAGGACCCCUCCCCUCCACCACUGGUACCACAGAGGCCUGCUGAGCUGCAGUACGGAAACCCCUACUCCACAGACACCACAAAAGAUCGGGCUGAUGUCGCUCUGUCUCCUGACCACAUGUCCCGCCCUCCGCCUGAAGCCCCGCCGCCCUGUGCCCCUCCCUGCGCUCCCCCAAUCACACCCCCGAGCCCUGGUCCCGGGACACCAGGAUGGGACCAAGAGGUGGUCUGCAUCCAACCAUCACGCAGCACAAGCCCCCCUGAGAGCCUGGAGCACCCACCCGAGGAGCCAGCAGGUGAUGCUGCUCAGCCGUCAUGUGAUCAUCAGGCGAAUAAACGUGGUGACGCCAGGAGCAGCUUCUGCUUUGACUCCAGUAGCGACGUUCACAAGCGCUGCCCACUCUGCGAGGUCAUCUUCCCGCCUCACUUCGAGCAGCGCAGCUUCGAACAGCACGUGGAAAGUCACUGGAAGGUGUGUCCCGUCUGCUCCGAGCAGUUCCCGCUCAACUGUCAGCAGCAGCUUUUUGAGAGGCACGUCCUCACGCACUUCGACGGCCACGUGCUCAACUUCGACCAGAUCGAAUAGGACCAGGUUUCAGCAUACAGCGAAACCUAGAGUUACUCCUAUGGGUAAAUGUUUGUUGUCAGCUAUUAGUUCAUUUUGAUCGGGGUUUGGUUAAGUUGUCUUGUUAAUAUACAAUCAUUUGCACUUUUUGCAAUCAGCAAAACGUUGGAAAGAAUGUAAACCACUAAAGAGAAGAAGCAGAGUCUGUAGACAGGUACUAGGUUAGCGUCACCACACUACACUGUUGGUAAAGAUUAUUAAUGUUCUGGAAUAUCGUCAGUGCAGCCAUGACUCACUUGACUUACGCACCAUUGGUAGUGCAUGCAUAUAUUCUGUGUUUCCAACUACAAAUGUUCAUAUUUUCAAGCUAAAAUAUUGAAUUGUAGCAGGAGCCUUAACCACUUUGGAAAAAAAUAAAGAACUUUUACGAUGUUGGUUUAACAGAAAUCCCUACUCAGCAAGCCAAGGCCAUCACAUUUUAAUGAUCAAAGAUUAGAAAGGAUUCCAGGAACUGUUUUUUAAGGUGUAAAUGCAGAGUGAGAUCUGAAUAUGUGAUGUCUUAAAGAGUCUGUAUUUAUAUCCGAAAGAGAAGUGUUGUGAGGCGGUAUUUUUUUCCACUUGAACGGGACGUGGUCUCCGAUCCCUCCCAGCGUACUGUUGUACGUUCCAUAGUGUUUUGCAAAGACAGAUGGUUUAACAAAAGAAAAAAAAAGCACUACGUUUUCAUGUAUCUGCACUAAAUAAGGCUUUAUUUUGAAUGUACUGUACAUAUGAACAUAUGUGUAAGAUGUUGAGAGACUUGUGAAUUAAUGUCGUGACCCUGCUGCCCCUUCUCCUUCCCCCCUUCACUGUUACUCCCCUCAUGUUUUAAUGAUGAAAGAAAUGAUGACAUGAAGAGGUUUUACUUCCUAGAGUGCACUUUCUGAUCUUGGGUCAGUGUGUGAGAAGCUGGGCCUGGUCAUUUUUAUUUCUUUUUUUGGUAUUGGAGAGAUGAUGUAUGUUAUUAUUUGCAAGCAGACGGCAGGACACCGAGUCGACUCCGUUACGUACUUCCAUGUUUUAAAGUCAGAACUGUGAAGAGUAAGUCCCUGCUUCGUGCACAGGUCAGUGUUGGCCCUCAUGAAUGAAUGUCAUUUAUACGUGGCUGUACGUGUCUCCACAGGGCUCCAUAACACCGCUUGUCUAUUUUUGUCAUUUAAAAAAACACUCCUGACAGUGUAUUCAGGCUUUAAAACUUGCACAUGCCCAGUAAUCCCAAGGCAAACGUGUGUGUACGUCAUGUGUCUAAUGCAGCCACUUUCACGUGAGAAUGUCAAGGUGGUGGUUUAAGUGUGUCCUGUAAAGAUCUUUAUGAAUAAAUUAAGCUUAUCUUAAUGCA